CAAAAAGAAGAACUAGAAACUACCCCAUGGAAACUACAACAAUGUAGGUUAUUGUGCGAUGUUGCGUUUAAUGCAAGCUUUAAAGCUUCGGUGGUAAGUGUCACAUAACUACUGGAACAGUUUCUGAGGAAUAAACAUCCCACACAACUCUGGCACGUUCGAUAAGAUGACAGAAGAGGACACUGAAUAUUUGUUCUGAUCUGCAGUUACAAAGAUUGAUCCUAAUGUUGCCAAACUACUGAAUGAUAAAGAAUUGUCAAAGUAUAUUCCUCGAUAUGGUGACAGGGUCUUUGCACAAAACUGGCUGGAGUUUAAUAGAGAAGAAAAUGGAAAUGAAGAAAGAAAACAGAAAUUGAUUAACCGAUUGAGAGAAAAAAUGAAUCUACCAGCAAUUUCCAAUCAGAAAAAAAAGUAUGGACAUGGCAAUAAAAAUGCUGAAACCAAGACAAGGAAAAUUGAGCUUGGCUGGAUGCACUACCAAAAUUGUAGCUACAAACAGGUAAGAAGACCCAAUGGAGGUGGAACACGAGAAAUUGUUGUUAAAAAAGAAGACACUGUGUCAUAUGUUCUGGAUAUUGGAAAAAAACUUUUUUUUCCUGAAGGUGAAUCAACAAAAGGGAAUGCUGAUGAUUCAAACUUUAUGUUGUGUGUCAGUGGCUCUGAAGAACCACUUAAAGAAAACCAGACAAUUGUCAGCUUGUACGAGGCAACACAUUAUAAAAUCCUUAGACUCUACGUGUGCACAAGACUCAGAGAUCAGGAUUGUGAUCAGAGUAAAGAAAAUGACAGACAUUUAACAUUAAAGCAACCCCAGCUAUCCUCCACCCCAGAUGUAGCUCCGAGUACCUCAUGUCAAUAUCUGCACACUCCUCCCUCUACGUCUAUGAACUUAAAUGAUGAAGAUGAGGUGGUGGUGUUUCUGGGUAAUGAUUUAGACACUUCCUUUGACAUGGUCUCUGACACGCUUGUAUACUCACCUGUACAUGUUGAUCAUGUGGUGACUGACACAUUUCUUGAAAGUGUUCCAUCUGAGUCAGGUUCAGUCUGCAUCCUAGAAGAGGUCAUGCCAGUAACAGAAGAUCCACUCCAGCCAACUGUCUCCCAGGAACCAAUAAACAAUUACACAUUCUUUGAAAAUCCUAGAAAUGUGACUGAAAGUGAAACAAUUGUUGUACGCAGAGUUCACUGUGUACAUGAUAUGAUUCAGGCUUUCUCAGACAAAAACAUACUAAACGCCAAUAUAACAUUUAAACGUGUACUUGAAAAUGGUGAGGAGGAAGCAGGCAUUGGAGAUGGAGUGUUCCAAGACUGUCUUACUGAAUUCUGGGAGACAUUUUUUGCAACAAGGACUUGUGGAACAACGUAUAAGAUACCCACUUUGCACCACACAUAUCAAGACAGAGAGUGGGAAGCUGUUGCACGAAUUUUUGCCAUUGGAUGGCUGCGCUUUGGCUACUUGCCUAUUCAGCUUGCACCUCCUUUUCUCAAAGAAGCACUUUCCCUUCCAUCAUCAGAGACCAGUCUAAUGGAGGUGUUUUUCAAUUACAUUAGCCCAACAGAGAAGGAUGUCUUAAGUGAAGCGCUUCAAGACUUCCAAAGUGCUGACAUGGAUGAGGUCCUAAGUGUACUUAGCAGUCACAACUGCUCUGUGCUUCCAAAUCAAAAUAAUCUUCAAAAAAUAAUUGAAGAAAUUGCACAUAAAGAGAUGAUGCAGCAACCAGCUUACAUAAUAAAGUGUUGGCAACCCAUUCUGCAAUCUAUUGGGGAGACCAUGACUGCAGAAAAACUGGACCAGAUAACUGAAAAUCUCCAACCAAAAGCAAGAAGUGUAGCAAAGUCAAUUAAAUUCCCACCAACAAUGUCUCCAUCUGAAACAGCUGUAUCACAUCAUCUCCUGCGAUUUGUUAGGGAAAGAGACCAGAGAGAGCUUGGUCUUUUUCUCAGAUAUUGCACAGGGUCCGAUUUAUUUCUUUCCAAGACAAUUCAAGUAACAUUUAAAGAAAUGAAUGAGUUUUCAAGAAGGCCUAUUGCCCACACUUGUACACAACAACUGGAACUGGCAUGUGACUACAGCACCUAUGCAGAAUUUAGGUCAGAGUUUUCCUCAGUGUUAAACACUGGAGUUUGGAUAAUGGAUAUGAUAUAGAUGCAUACAUACAAGUGUUUAGGCUGAAGUGCCAGCACCAAGAGUGUUUAGUUUAUUGUUUUUUCAUCUUAAUACAUUAUAUCCUGUUAAUGAAGUUUCUGUGAACAUUUAUUGUUAAUGGAACAAUGUGGUUUUAUAGGGGUUUUCCAAUGUUGUACUAUUUCUCAGUAUAAUGUUUCAUACUAGUGUUAUGUGUUAUUAAGCUAAUGAAGUUUUAUUUGCCAAUGAAGUUUUAUAAAGCUAAUGAAGGUUUAUUUGCAGCAACUGAAUAUUUUUUUAUGUACUAAACCAUCCUACACUGAAAGUAGUUUUUGUGUUUAAACAUUUUAUUGUUUUAUUUCUAAUAGGAAUAAUUUUAUUUUGACUGAAAUAGCAGGCCUAUGUUUGUAUUUUCCGAUCAGUCUUUUUCAUUUACAGUAUACACGGGUAUCUGUAAUAAUCUGUCUUUUUAAGCAGAACAGUUGCACUUGAAUUGUUUUAUUUGCAUCAACUCAUAUGUUUGCACAUAUUUUUGUUUUAAGUUUUUAUAAUAGGGUGCAAGUAACAUUUUAAUGUUUAAACGUAUAAAUCCUGUUUUCAAAGGCUUUUCCAGUAAUGUACGUGUGUACAUCAGGUAACUCAUAUGUUAUCGAAGCAAUACAUUUGCACAAGAAUUGUUCAGUUUGCUUUAACUGAUUUAUAUUUUUGUACACUACAAACUGUGUAUGGAUCUUUCAGUUGCUUUUAUUAAAACUCUUUAAUUUGCCCUUUGUUGAAAUUACUUUGCUAUUGCUUUAAUAACAUAUAAAAAUGAAACGUUUCUUUUAAUGAAAUACAGCUAAUGAAAACAUUACAUGACAUAAGAAUGACUACAUUUUAUACACAUACACUUUUCAUGAUUGGUCUUUUUCUCAGAUAUUGCACAGGGUCGUAAGGGUGUUGUACUAUUUCUCAGUAUAAUGUUUACAUAGUGUUAAGCGUUAUUAAGCCAUUGAAUUUGUAUUUGCCAAUGAAGUUUUAUAAAGCUAAUGAAGCUUUAUUUGCAGCAACUGAUUAUUUGUUUAUGUACUAAAGCAUCCUACACUGAAAGUAGUUUUUAUGUUUAAACAUUUAUAUUGUGUUUAUUUCUAAUAGGAGUCAUUUUAUUUUGACUGAAAUAGUAGGCCUAUGUUUGUAUUUUCCGAUCAGUCUUUUCCAUUUACAGUAUAUGGGUAUCUGUAAUAAUCUGUUUUUGAAGCAGAACAGUUGCACUUGAAUUGUUUUAUUUGACUCAACUCAACUCAUAUGUUUGCACACAUGCAAGUAACAUUUUAAUGUUUAAUAUAAAUCCUGUUUUCAAAGGGUUUUCCAGGAAUGUUUGUGUGUACUUCAGGUAAAUCAUAUGUUAUCGAAGCAAUACAUUUGCACAACAAUUGUUCAAUUUGCUUUAACUGAUUCAUAUUUUUGUAAACUACAAUCUGUGCUGUGUAUGGAUCUUUCAGUUGCUUUUAUUAAAACUCUUUAAUUUGC